AUGACCGUCUAUUCCUUCUACAUAUUUGACCGCCACGCCGAGUGCAUCUACAAGCGGCGCUGGCUCCCCCGCCCGACCUCGAUCGUGGGGAAGUCCGGCCAGACGCCAGGUGCCGCGCCAGUCGGACUUGGACAGACGGUGAAAGCAGGAGACGACGAUGCAAAGCUGGUCUUUGGAACGGUUUUUUCGCUGCGGAACAUGGUGCGCAAGCUGGGAGGUGAAGAGGACAACUUCGUCUCCUACAGCACUAGCCAGUAUAAACUGCAUUACUACGAGACGCCGACCAAUAUUAAAUUCGUCAUGUUGACGGAUCUCAAGAGUCCCAGUAUGCGCAUCGCGCUGCAGCAGAUCUACAUUAAUCUCUAUGUGGAAUACGUCGUCAAGAACCCUCUCUCCCCGGUCGAGCACCCCGGCGGCAUCGGUGUCAACAAUGAGCUUUUCGAAGAGUCCCUUGAACAAUUUGUGACUCGAGUUCUAGCGUGA